CUCCUGCAUCCGUUGAGGACGUUGAUGAAGAUUUAGAUGUGUUGCAGACAACUGAAGACAUGAGCUCAUCGUUUUGGGAUUCUUGGUUCAAAGAGGAGCCUAACGAUUCCUGCCUGCCUUCAUUGAGCAGGAAACAAAGAGUCGUGGGAUUCCUUACCUUGCUGUUUGCUGGAGGUGCCUGCUUUGGCCUUUCGUUUCUCUUGCUGCCUAUUCUUGUGUUAAGAGUUCGCAAGUUUGUGGCAUUGUUUACUCUGGGCUCAGUUUUGACAUUGGGAAGCUUUUCCUUGCUAUGGGGUCCUGUUAGUCACAUGAAGCAUCUCUUCUCACCUCAACGCUUGCCCUUCACUGCUGCUUAUCUUAGCAGCAUGGCUUUGACUUUGUAUUCUGCUCUUGUGCGUCGGAGCACUAUACUGACAUUGCUAUUUGCGAUAUGUGAAGUUGCAGCUUUGUUGUGGUAUACUGUUAGCUACAUACCUGGUGGUGUCACAGGCUUGAAAUUUUUGUCUAAGUUAUGUGGGAAGGUGACAUCAAAGUCGGUCGAGAAAGGAUUGUCUGGUGUUGUAUAGAUUGUGUUAUAUCAGAAAUUGUAUUUUGUAAUCUUGACUGUCUUAUUAAUUCAUUCUGUCUUAUUAAUUCAUUCUGUUUGCAAAUGAAUCAAAGCAAGUUGAUUUGUCAA